AUGUCGUCCGGCGAUAGACAACUUGGCGUGACGCCGCCCAUUUCGUCGUCAUUGCCGACGAAACCCGAGAUCGAUUCCAAUAAUGCCAUGGUGGAGGAGCUGAGGAAGCAAGGUAUUUUUGAAAGCAAGGAGGAGACGGAUAAGAGGAACUUGGUUCUCGAAUCCCUCCAAAAGAUGUGCGAUGAGUUCGUCACUCGAGUUGCCAAGGAAAAGGAGAGUGGUCUUGCGCGAGAUGCCCGUGGCAAGAUCUUCACAUACGGUGGUUUUCGUCUAGGCGUCUUUGGUCCCGGCUCCGAUAUCGAUACCCUUGUGGUUGCUCCCAAGUAUGUCACGCGAGACGAUUACUUCAAAAUCUUCCCCGACCUUCUUCUCGAGAUGGCCCCCAAGGGUGCCAUCACCGACCUCGCCGUCGUCACGGACGCGUACGUGCCCAUUAUCAAGUUUGAGUAUUGGGGCAUCAGCAUCGAUAUGAUUUUCUCGAGGAUCGCCGUGCUCAAGAAACUCCCCACCAACACGUCCCAGUUCAGCCUGACCGAUACGGCGCUCCUACGCGGCCUAGACGAUACGGAGAUCCGCUCCCUGAACGGAACCCGCGUAGCCCACGAAAUCCUCGACCUCGUUCCCGAGCAGAGCACGUUCCAGAUGGCGCUCCGCGCUAUCAAGCUUUGGGCGCAGAGGCGAGCCAUCUAUGCCAACGUCAUGGGUUAUCCUGGUGGUGUCGCCUGGGCCAUGCUGGUUGCCAGGGUUUGCCAGCUCUACCCUAGGGCGACGGCAGCCACGAUCGUCAACAAGUUCUUUUGGAUCGUGCGACAGUGGCCCUGGCCCCAACCUGUUCUUCUCAAGCACAUUGAGCGUGCCCCCUUGGAUACAGGAUCUGGAAUCCGGUCGUCACACCUUUUCACGGUCGACUACAAGUACUACCUCGCUGUGGUGUCUUCGGGCAUCACUAAAGAAGCGCACAAGAAGUGGUCGGGUUUCGUCGAGUCCAAGGUUCGCAUGCUCGUCCUCGCGCUCGACAAGCACGAUACGAUCGGGCUGGCGCAGACCUUUGUCAAGGGCUAUGACCGCGUCCACAAGUGCAAGGCCGACAACGAGAUCCAAAAAGUGCAACAGGGAGACCUCAACUUCGUUGCCAAGCCCGAAGACAUCCCCAAAGAGGACUUGGACAAGGCCGAGGCCGAUGAGGUGGACACUAACGGGGCCGAAGCCGUGAAGGCGGAGAACGGCGCAAAGGGCGAGGCGGAGGACCUAUUCAUCUACACGACAACGCACUAUAUCGGGCUGGCGCUCCGACCAGGCCAAAAGAGCAUCAAUCUUGCCAGCGAGGUUGGAGAGUUUAAGAAGCUUUGCAAAGGUUGGGAAAAGUUUGACUCUCAGCUGAACGCUAUCACUGUGCAGCACCUUCGAAACUGGGAUCUCCCCGACGACGUGUUCUGCGAGGGCGAGAUCAAGCCCAGGAGGAAGCCUGCGCGGGGAAAGGGAAAUGGCGCGCCGAAUUCGGCUCCCAACAGCCAGGUUCCCAACGGGGCUCCCUCCGACGCCGACACUAAGAAGCGCCCUGCUGCCGAGCACACCGCGGCAGGUACACCGCCUGCCAAGAGACGACAACCUGCCUCUGUCGCUGCAGCCGGCUAA